CUUAUUGUAUUACCUCGUGCAUUAUAUCUUUAAACAAAUAUUUGUAAAAGUACAAAAAAUAAAUCGAAUAAGACUAAUAAGAGAAUUUUAAAAAAUAUAAUGAUAUAUCAUGACAAAAUAGGUUAAGCAUUAGUUUAUAAAAUAUGUUCUCAUAUAUGUUUUGUUAAAUAUUUAUCAUCAAGUUGUUAUUGGCAUUCGUGACUGGACAGUUGUGACGUCUCCUGUGAUCUGCCAACAAUAACUAUCAGAAUUUGAAUUGCUCGCAAACACCAACUUCCAACAAAACAACCACAACAUCGUCAAAAUACUGUCAACAACGUCAAACGUCACAAACGUCAUCAUAAAUAAUUGUAGGGAAGUUACCUGGAGGAACAUUUCUAUGCAUGUGAAUGGAUUACAUAGACAAAUACGACAUCGAGUUAGACAAGGAGCACUACAGAGCUGGCGAGAUUAUCAACGGAAGAGUAGCCCUGGAAACCAAUGAAAGCAUCAAAGUCACGUGCAUCCAAGUGCACUUACGCGGUCGAGCGCACGUAGAAUGGAGGGUAACGAGAUGUGGGGAAAGAAGAACUGUCAAGGGAGAUCAGUCGUUCAUUGAUGAGAAAGUCGUUGUCUGGGGUAGCCAAGAUUUAAGUCCAGAAGAAUGCACCCCAACUCUUCUGCCUAAAGGUAAUCACAGAUUGCCAUUUAAAUUUCAGUUACCCAAGAUUUCACUGCCUUGUUCUUUUGAAAGCAGAAUUGGUACAAUAAGAUAUUAUUUAAGAGUGGUCAUCGACACACCAUACGCUUCGCCUCCGCAAGGUCUCAAAUACUUUAACGUGAUUGGUCCAUCGAUUGAUUGUUUGGAUGACCAGUACACGACUCCAUUGUACAGAUCUCGACACCUGCAGACAAAUUUCUUCCAAUGUUGUAAAGCAGGCAGCAUAAGCAUCGAAGCCUGCCUGGAAAAACGAGCCUAUUGCUGCCAUGAGAAAAUAAAAUUGAUGUGCGAAAUUCAGAACGAAAGUGAUAACGAACUCAUUUUUUAUUGCCAGCUUAUUCAGGUCGUGCAGUUCCGUAUUAAUCGUUCCGAAAUAGCGAUAACAAAAGAAAUUCGGCACUGCAUAUUGGAACAUUCCAAUCAGUUGAUCAGUAGACGAACGUACGCCAGCUUGAGUGAGCUGUCUGAAGGCUUACAGCUGCCGGUUGUCCCACCAACGCUCACGAAUGUUUGCAAAGUGACAGAAAUUAACUACAUUCUCAAAAUGGGACUGUGUGGGGACAGGUUGAGCGAAGAGAUGACAGUUGAACUGCCGAUCAUUAUUACGUCCGAGCCUUCGUCACAUCGAACAAUCAACAACGACAUUCCUGUGUUAGACUACAAGCCGGCGGAUAACCACGUCGAGGGAGGGAUCUAUGUGAGUCCAGAAUUUUUACUGGGCCAAGUUUACGAUGGCGAGCACGAGGAAAGACAGACAGGCGAGACAAAAGAUUCAAUCAUUCUCUUCAGACCCAGCUACGUUUGCAUCGUCAAAUCGUCGUUGUCGUUGACUGAGGACGAACAAUCCGUAAAAACAUGAAAUUCAAUUUAAACGCUGACUUCAUAGCCUCACCAUCUCAAAUGAUUAAAAGAAUAAAAUAGGAAAACCAGAGAGAAACACGUUGACUGUAACGGCAAGACUUUUGUACCGUUGAGAAUAAAGUUUAGGAUAUCGCGUAAAACUUUCCAUGUGAUUUUUAUACAAGCCAUUGCUUAUCGCGCCCGCCAGACCAAUAAAUUAAGAACAUCUGUUUUUAGUGAACAACAUUUUUAUGUUUCUAUGUAUUUGAUUCAUGAACUGAUCGAAAUUGAUAAAUUACAUUUGAAUCAUGAUGUGGCUUUCCGUAAUUAUUUUCAACUUACGUCUGUCUAGUGCAAAGUGCUUUAACGUGUAUUCGUUUGUUAUUUUUGUUGAUUUGUCAGUUAGCUCAUAUUUAUUGCUCUAGCCUUUAUAUCAGAUCAUAAUAUUUUGACAACCUGGUGACAAAUAAUUUACUGUUUCUGAUCACAUUAAACACUUGGUCACAAGUUGUAUCAGCUGUUAAUUCGAGUAAUAAAUUAUACACGUUCUCAUCUAUAGGUACAUCCUAGAACCUACCAACACUAUGAACCUUAAAAAAGCUUUUGUUUAGUCUCUGAUAAAUUUUUAAAAGUUUUGCGCGGUGGGGAUAACAAAUCUGCUUACAAGUUUGUAACGUGUACGUUAAAUUAUAUGUUGUAAACUGAAAAUAAAGCUGUAACGUGUUGUAGUUAAUAAUGGUCUUUGCCACAAGAUUUGAAACUUCACCAGAUUCGGCAUCAUUUUUGUAGUACAUAAACUUAGUAUUUUUAAGCUGUUUUGAACUGUUUAACAAGUAAAUACUUUAACAUUGAAUAAAAUUUUGAUUUGGAACAGAUAAUUGAUGGGAUAAAUUUAAACAAUA